AUGAAGUUUACAUCCUGCGUCGUCUUUCUCUUCUCCCUCCUCUCUGUGUCGCUUGCACAGAGUAUCAUGAUUGGUUUCCCUAAGCCAAGUGCUAAUAUUACUGCGGGCUCCAAUUUCACCGUCGAAGUUGACCGACCAAAUAGUCUCACUGGUUCCACGGAGGUUGGCAUCGCCAUAAACAUCCAACCAUGCGCCGCCAGAGGAGAAUGCAUACCCCCUGAAGAUCUCCUUGGAUUCACCCUCUACGCCGGUUCAUACAACCCGCAGUUCCACACCAACGUAUCAUUCGGCCUACCCCCUCACCAAAACUUCACGGUCGCACUACCAAGUUCUUUCGCAAAAGGGACAGCUUUAUUGAGCGUGACUCAUCUCAGUUUGGUCGGAGCUGGGCCAUUCCCACUCUUUGAGAUUAGAAACGCUACUGUCAACAUCGUUUGA